AUGAAUUCAGAAUUCGAUUAGGUGAGUCGUGCAGAUUAAUAAUAAUAAGUUUAAGGGCGUAGAAGAUAGAGCAAGAUGGCUUAAAAUUAAAAUGAGUUAUUAGGAGUGAAUUUAGAAAAAUCUAAACUAGAUAGGAACGAAAUAACAUAAGUGGUUUACUAAUUCAAGAAAAGUGAUAAACCAAUUAUUCAAUUUAUAGAUCUCCUUAAUAUUGCUAAAAAGCUCAACUAUGAGGUUGAUAGUAAAGUAAAAGAGUUUAUUUUCAAGGAGUUAGAAGCUAGAAACAUAAAAAAAAUAGACAUAGAUGCUGCAAUAAUUGUUCUUUCGUAGGUCAAAACGUACUACCAAAAAUUAGAUGAAGAAAGUUAAAACAACUCUUUUAACGAAUAUGUCGAUGCUUUUGUAGCUUUAGGUGGCAAUCCUGACCAAACAGGAAAAGUAUCAAAGCAAACUAUUUUGGAAAUCAUUAAAACAGAGUUUGAGUUGACUUAUGACAUGGAAGUUUUUUUAGAAAAGAUAGAAGCUGGAGGAGAGUUCUUAGAUUUUCCUACAUUUUGUAUGCUUUUUGAGUAAAGUGAUGAGGGAAGAGGUCUUACUAAAACCAAUUCAGUGUUAUCUCUACUUUCUAAUAGAAGUCGUAAGAGUGUUAAGUCAAAUAACUCACUUAAAGUUAGAUACAAAGAUUUUGAAAAGUUUUAUGCUUAAAUGGAAUAGUAGGAAUAAUAAUAAAUGAAUACUCGUAAUUAAUUUUAGGAGCACGAUAGCUAAAAUAUUCCUUCUUCUCCCUGA